CGCCGGGGCAGCGCGCGCGCGCGCGUUUUCCUUGUUCCUGGUCAACAAAGAAAUGUGGAGUAUCUCAGCUGAAUCCUCAUACAGACAAGAUCAUUAUGGUGCUGUUAGGUGUGUGAGCAGGAUUGCUUCUGCAACAAAAGCUUCCACCCAGCCACAUCUUGGGAAGAGAAUGGCCACUUCUUGGGGCGCAGUGUUAUUUAUGCUGGUGGUAUCCUGUGUUUGCAGCGCUGUCUCCCACAGGGACCAGCAGACUUGGUUUGAGGGUAUCUUCCUGUCUUCCAUGUGCCCCAUCAAUGUGAGUGCCAGCACCUUGUAUGGAAUUAUGUUUGAUGCAGGGAGCACUGGAACUCGAAUUCAUGUUUAUACCUUUGUGCAGAAAAUGCCAGGACAGCUUCCAAUUCUAGAAGGGGAAGUUUUUGAUUCUGUGAAGCCAGGACUUUCCGCUUUUGUGGAUCAACCUAAGCAGGGUGCUGAGACUGUUCAAGGGCUCUUAGAGGUGGCCAAAGACUCAAUCCCCCGAAGUCACUGGAAAAAGACCCCAGUGGUCCUGAAGGCAACAGCAGGACUGCGUUUACUGCCAGAACACAAAGCCCAGGCUCUGCUCUUUGAGGUAAAGGAGAUCUUCAGGAAGUCACCUUUUCUGGUACCAAAGGACAGUGUUAGCAUCAUGGAUGGAUCCUAUGAAGGCAUAUUAGCUUGGGUUACUGUGAAUUUUCUGACAGGUCAGCUGCAUGGCCACAGACAGGAGACUGUUGGGACCCUGGACCUGGGGGGAGCCUCCACCCAAAUCACGUUUCUGCCCCAGUUUGAGAAAACUCUGGAACAAACUCCUAAGGGCUACCUCACCUCCUUUGAGAUGUUUAACAGCACCUAUAAGCUCUAUACACAUAGUUACUUGGGAUUUGGAUUGAAAGCUGCAAGACUUGCAACCCUGGGAGCCCUGGAGACAGGGACUGAUGGACACACUUUCCGGAGUGCCUGUCUACCGAGAUGGUUGGAAGCAGAGUGGAUCUUUGGGGGUGUGAAAUACCAGUAUGGUGGCAACCAAGAAGGGGAGGUGGGCUUUGAGCCCUGCUAUGCCGAAGUGCUGAGGGUGGUACAAGGAAAACUUCAUCAGCCAGAGGAGGUCCAGAGAAGCUCCUUCUAUGCUUUCUCUUACUAUUAUGACCGAGCUGUUGACACAGACAUGAUUGAUUAUGAAAAAGGGGGUAUUUUAACAGUUGAAGAUUUUGAAAGAAAAGCCAGGGAAGUGUGUGAUAACUUGGAAGACUUCACCUCAGGCAGUCCUUUCCUGUGCAUGGAUCUCAGCUACAUCACAGCCCUGUUAAAGGAUGGCUUUGGUUUUACAGAUAGCACAGUCUUACAGCUCACAAAGAAAGUGAACAACAUAGAGACAGGAUGGGCCGGGGGCCACCUUUCACCUGUUGCAGUCUCUGGGCAUCUCCCAUUGAGGCCACGCACUUCCUUGGAGGCCUGCAUUUGCCAACAGCCUUUUUAAGAGGAGGAGAGAGGACUUAGCUUCUGAGCUAGUCUGGGGAUACCCUGGACUUGAGCCAAGAGAUUUAGAUUUAAUUAAUUUUACACAUCUAAUGUGAACUGCUGCCUAACCACUCGAAUACACAGCUGGCACCAGAGCAUCACAGAGAGCCCUGUGAGCCAAAAAGUAUAGAUUUGGAACUUCACCUUUGAGAGCCCAGGGAUAGGCCCCUGGGAACCAAAGAAAAAUAUCAUUUCAACCCUUUGAGUGCCUCAUUCUGUUGAAUAUUUACAUUUUCCUCUUAAAUGGUAAAGUAAGCCUACUGUUGCAAUCCCAUUAUCUAUCAACAUCAGUAUUUUUUUCCUCCCUAUACAGUGCCCUGCCCACCCUCAUCUGCACCCACCUCCCCUGAAAAAGAAAAAAAUACCUGGUUUUGCUUUCCAUAUAUUUCAACAACACAAAAGGGGACCGUAUCAGAAUCUGUGUGAUCCUAUUCUGUGUUAGCUCCAAUCAGCUAGCUGAGAGCCAUCCUGAGUAUUAUAGGAUGGAGAGUAACUCCUGUGCAUAGACUAUAGCCUUAAGGAGGCCAGCUAGUCUCUGGGGACAUGUUUUGGGAGGGUGUGGCUGCCUCAUGUAGCCUACCUUUUCUUUAAUCAGCUUUUUAUCAGUCAACUCUGGGAUUAAUAAACAUAUCCGACUUUAUGGGUAUGUGUGUAUUCAGUGCCAGUACCACCUCCCAGGCUAAUGUGUUAACAGUGUUUUCUAUAAUUCUAAACUCGUUUUCUUUGUAUUUCUAAGAAAUACAAGUAGACCCUAACUUCUGGUCUGUGGUGAGAGGUCAGUGUCUGUGCUAUUCCUGGAUCUAUUAUUUCAGUUAGCCCCUUUAUUCUCUUCAUUUAUAACAGUACCUUCCUGUCCUGGCCCCUGAUCAGUUUAGCUAAUAUCCUCUGAAUUAUUUAUGUAGUUCAGAGUUUCCAACACCGUUCCUGACAAAACCCCACUUGGAUAUGGUUGGCGCUCCUGGCCCACAUCAGUACACUGGACCAACAUUUCCAGGGAGAACCAUAUUUAAUGUCCCUCAUGUUCUUUUUGAAUCAAAGUGGUCAGAGCUCUUGAUUGUGAAUUAUUAAUCCCAAAUUCAUUACCUUGCUUUUUUUUUUUUUUUUUUUAGACGGAGUCUCACUCUGUCACCCAGGCUAGAGUGCAGUGGUGCAAUCUUGGCUCACUGCAACCUCUACCCUGCCAUGUUCAAGCGAUUCUCAUGUCUCAACCUCGUGAGUAGCUGAGAUUACAGGUGCCCACCACCAUUCCUGGCUAAUUUUUGUAUUUUUAGUAGAGACAGGGUUUCCAUCAUGUUGGGCAGACUGGUUUCGAACUCCUGACCUCAAGUGAUCUGCCUGCCUCAGCCUCCCAAAGUACUGGGAUUAUAGGCAUGAGACACCAUGCCCGGCCUUAUCUUGCACUUUUGACAUUAUCAUCCCCUCUUCUCAUCUGCCCUGUAAUGCUCUUGGACCUGGAAGAUCUCCCUGUGGUCUGGCCCCUUUGCCUUGGCUCUUAACCUCCAGCUUCUUUCCAGGAGUGUUUUUAUUUCCCCAAACUUGUGGCUUUCACAGUAGACUCCCUUUCCAUCCUCUCUCACACAAAGGAUGUUAAAUAUGCCUGGCCCUCACACAGUCCAUGGAGAGCCUUAUUUUUUAACAUUACUCCAUUGAGUCA